AUGUCGCCGUACUGCCAAAAAGAUGGCAACGUGCUCAGGGAGCACUUCAGAAAUACCUACACUAAAACCGACUUAUCUGUUACAGAUGCACCAGCUGCUGUCCCGGACUUUGCCGCCACCACACCUCGUGAUGUCAGCGAGGAGGUCCUGCCGCCGAUCACCGCCACAGAGGUGCAACAACGGCUCCAGAAGGCUAGUAAUACUGCUCCUGGGUCAGACGGAGUCACCUACUCAGACUUGCGACGUGAGGAUCCUGGCUGCCAUGUGCUAGCUAAGAUCUUCUCGCGCUGCUGGAAUGAGCGGAAGACUCUAGUGCAGUGGAAAGUAUCCACUACCGUCCUCAUCCACAAGAAAUGGGACGUCUCGGACGUGACGAACUGGCGGCCUUUAGCAUUGAGCUCAACCAUCUCUAAGGUCUUUGCUGCAAUCGUUGCGGAUCGUACAACCCUCUGUGCAGAACGUUUGAACCCCGUCUCCCCAGAACAGAAGGGUUUCCGCACUUUUGGUGGCUGCUAUUACUUCAUCGUACAGACGGCGAUUGAUGAUGCAAGGCGCAGGGGAGGCAAAGCAUGCUUUGCUUGGCUUGAUCUAGCGAAUGCUUUCGGCUCAGUGCCUCACGCUCACCUCCUUGUAGUACUGAGCAGGAUGGGACUACCAGAGCAAUUGCAUCAGCUAAUUGCCGAUGUUGCUCGACCCACGUCCGGACAUCUGACGGACUAA